GACGUUUUCAGCUCAGUAAAAAUUCUUCGCUACCGGUCGUGGUUCGCCGUUUUAUCUUCUCGCGUAGCUCAUCCUUCUUCCAUCCGAAACGAAAAUGUGUGACGACGAAGUUGCCGCACUCGUUGUAGACAAUGGUUCCGGUAUGUGCAAAGCCGGUUUCGCUGGUGACGACGCACCUCGUGCCGUCUUCCCGUCCAUCGUCGGUCGUCCCCGCCAUCAGGGUGUGAUGGUCGGCAUGGGCCAGAAGGACAGCUACGUCGGAGACGAAGCCCAGUCCAAGAGAGGUAUCCUGACCCUCAAGUACCCCAUCGAGCACGGUAUCGUCACCAACUGGGAUGAUAUGGAGAAGAUCUGGCAUCACACUUUCUACAAUGAGUUGCGUGUUGCCCCAGAGGAGCAUCCCGUCCUCCUGACGGAGGCUCCCCUCAACCCCAAGGCUAACCGUGAAAAGAUGACCCAGAUCAUGUUCGAGACCUUCAACACCCCUGCCAUGUACGUCGCCAUCCAGGCUGUGCUCUCCCUGUACGCCUCUGGACGUACCACCGGUAUCGUCUUGGACUCCGGUGAUGGUGUAACUCACACCGUCCCAAUCUACGAGGGAUAUGCCCUUCCCCACGCCAUCCUCCGUCUCGACUUGGCUGGCCGUGACUUGACCGACUAUCUCAUGAAGAUCCUCACCGAGCGUGGAUACUCUUUCACCACCACUGCUGAGCGUGAAAUCGUCCGUGACAUCAAGGAGAAGCUCUGCUAUGUUGCCCUCGACUUCGAGGCGGAAAUGUCGACCGCUGCAUCAAGUUCUACCCUGGAGAAGAGCUACGAGCUUCCUGACGGUCAGGUCAUCACCAUUGGCAACGAGCGAUUCCGUGCUCCUGAGGCUCUCUUCCAGCCGGCCUUCCUCGGAAUGGAAGCCGCUGGUAUCCACGAGACCACCUACAACUCCAUCAUGAAGUGUGACGUCGACAUCCGUAAGGAUCUGUAUGCCAACACUGUCUUGUCCGGUGGUACCACCAUGUACCCAGGUAUUGCCGACCGUAUGCAGAAGGAAAUCUCCGCAUUGGCUCCACCGACAAUGAAGAUCAAGAUCAUCGCCCCACCAGAGCGCAAAUAUUCCGUAUGGAUUGGUGGCUCCAUCCUGGCCUCGCUGUCCACCUUCCAGCAGAUGUGGAUCUCCAAGCAGGAGUAUGAUGAAUCUGGUCCCAGCAUUGUCCAUCGCAAGUGCUUCUAAACUUUCCUUUACCAAAACUAUGAGUGAUUCUUUGUACUGUCUUUGUCAUUAUCUAUUCCAACUAGUUUUUGCCACAGUGCAGAAGCACUCCUCAUAUUGCUGUCCCUCUCGAUGGGUAGAUUGCUGAUCCAAUCCGAUUUGACUUUAUGGAGAAUAUCCAAUACAGUUGGCACAAACUACAAA